UUUCGAAACAGUUAUUGAGAUUGCAACUUUUUUGGAAACUCGUGUGGCUACCGACGAAGUGCAACAAAUUAUUAAAAUGUGAGCAUCGUGUGAACUGCAGCUUUUCACUUCAUGCUGUUUAGUAGAUUUGAGGCCUGAACCUACCAUCGUAACAACAAGAUAUGCCAGUCUUGCAUGUGUUUGUCAUUGACCAGUCAUCAACAUCAAUCUCAGUAUCAUUGUCAGGGCCUAAUGAUUUUCGUUACUUUUAUUAAUCUGUGACCAGCUAGAUAUUUUAAUGAUGCAUGAUUUGCAUGAAUGCAGUAUGGUAUUACAUGUAAUCGUCAACUUCUUAUUUAUUAACAACUAUAGUUGACCCAGACAUUGUCUCAUUUUCAACUUUUCCUUAGUCUACUUGUUGUGUCAAUAUUUUUCGUAACCCAAUUUUUAUUUCUUAUUUAGAUAAGUAUCAUUCCUCUUGAUUGGAGAAACAACCGAUAUGUCGAUCGAGUUCUGGAUCUCUUCUUCCCCUUUCUUUAAAUGUCUUCCACCCAUGUGAGUGUGGGUGUAUUCACGAGGACCCCCUUUCCAAUCCUACCUGGCGACGGUGGAUUCAACUUUACUGUGGACUGGAUGGAGCACUUGUGAAUUUGUAUUUCCCAGGCUUAAAGGUUCUAGACGAGGCCAAACAGUCCGAAAGUUUUGUACCAUAACUUUGUAAUAAAACCAAUCAGCCGCUGUUACACUAAAAGAUGUCGCCGACCGUGCCGACGACGACCGACCCCCGUGAUGACGAAGAUAACGACGACGAUCCUAGCUGGAUUUUACUACGUCAGAUGGACGUUCUCCAUCGUCGUGUUGCCUUGUCGAAUUUCGAGCCGACGACAGGAGUCGACCAAUCAACAGGGCGGCAACAACAUCAGGAUCGACAAGUUCAUCUCGGCUGGAGCUGCAGCAACCUACAGCAGGAUCCUGUCGUCGAAGGGAUGGCGGCUGCUGCCUACGCCGGCCUCGUGACGGUCCUGGGCAACAAAGGAAAAGAGGCCGAGAGCGGAGAUUGUUGGUUAAUGAGCCAUCAGCAAAGCUCGUCAUCGGGGCCGAAAGGGACGACGGAUGACGGUGGUGGCGUUGGCAACCGAGACGAGGCGAUUAAGACGGCCGACUUUUGGAUCCAUCAGCUCCGUUCCGUUUUGCACGAAACGCGCUCCAAUCUCAAUCUCAUUGUCGCCUUUCAUCAACGUCAACUGCAACAACAACAGGCCAAACAACCAGCAACAACACCAGCCGCGGCGCAGCUGGAACCAUCAAGAGCGAUAAUCCGAUCCAGCCAGUCUGACGUGGCAGUUCAAACCGAACUGAUGAACAAUCAGGAGCAGGAGACGGGCCAAACUGCUGCCGCCGCCCAGACGAAAUCGAAUUAUUAUCGGAAAUCAGUUAGACGGGCAAGUGAUGAUCACGUAGCCGCCGGCUCUUUAAUCGGGCAACUGUCACCGCCGCUUCACAAUCCAGCGAAUGCGAAGGCAACCUCAUCCAGCAGGAGCAAAGUGUUGCCGGAAUCUUUGGAAGCCGGCGACGGCGGAUGUCAUUUCAUCCGGGCUGGCAACAGCUGUUGCGCAUUGUCCACCCACUCUUGCCGUUUCCAUUCAUGCAGCUGCUGUUGCCGGGCGACUAAUAGGCAAAUCUUAUCCAAACGGCCGUCGGAUUCGAGUCGAACCAAGAGAACAAGGAGCCGGAAGAGACUGGACCAAGAUGACAAAGAGUCGAAUCGUCACGACAGCACGGCGGCGAUUUUGCUAUUGAACGAGGCCUGGCAGCUGGCCGGAUUGCACACUCGCCAACGGAUGUCCAUUCUCAGUCGCCACUACCGAAUUCUUUACCAAAGGCAUCGGAGACUACGCCGGAAGCAUGGCCAAUUGCGCCGCAUCUUCCAGCGCACCCGCCGUCGCACACUUUACGUCCAGCUCCAACUCCAGAUUCUGUUGGAGUCGAUCGGAAGUCAAGUGGACGACGUGGCCUCUGACUGGGUUGACCGUUUGAAAGGAUUGGUGACGCUCCAGGCUGAUGGACUGAUGGGAGUACCACCUUCGUCCUCUUCUCCGGAUGUGUCUUAUUCGCCCCUCGCCAAGGAUUCGACCGGACGGCAGCAGCAGUUCAGAGCCAACGAUGAGAAUUAUUCCUUCAGUCUGUACCGAUGGUACUCGUCCUUGUCUCUCAAGCUGAGCUGGCUGCAAACGUCGCAUGGGACCGUCCUGGAAAAUCUGCUCCUGUGGAUCCCUCGCACGUGAUGUCGACGAUCUCGCACCUAUCAAUCUUUCAUCCGACCAAAGAGGCUUCUUAUUUAUUUAACAUUUUCGUCUGAGACGUGAGAACGUAGUUCUUGCAGACUAUCAAGUUAAAAAACGUUGCCAUUAUCGCCAUCCAUCCCAGCAACUGCUGCGUCGAAAGAGUUGAGCCAAAAAAAGAGAAAAACAAAAGGGGGUGCUGUGCUGAUUUAUUUAUUCUUUUGAUAAAUGUCUCGUUAGAAUCUUAUUGCACUCCCAUUUCCUUUCUUCUCCGGUAACAAACAUUUGAAUAUUCCGUCUAACGUGUGUCUCCUAGGAAUUCCCCUACUCCUUCGUGCUGAAAUUUCAUUUCAAAAGCUUCUGGCGCACGAUAUUAUUGGCGCCCAAUGUAAUUCAAAUUUGAACUUACACACAUCUAGUAACGUACAGAUUUACUACGUAUAUGUCUAUAGAGGAAUAUAAGACAUUGUUUAACCCAUUUCAACCGUCUCUUUUCUUUUAGACAAUUGGACCCGUGUAUACUGUGCAGCUCCAACAUUAUUGGCAUUCGGUGACCCUGGUAGUGUACAUAUACGUCUACAUAGUCUCUGUUGUUAUGACUCACGUGUCUUUGAGACGAGAAACGACACACGACGAAAGAUGGGAGAGAGAGCUUUGAGCUCUCUUUUGAAUAUUCCAUUAGAUUCUCUCCCGGCAACCUCGUCAUCUUUUCAACAAUUGGAUCCAGCGCGGCGGCAGCAGCACACUGUUCGAGCUCACGUGCGUUCCUCAUACUACAGCUGUCUUAUAUAACGGUGAAUAGUCUUGCAAAAGUCUAAUCAAGAAAUCAUAUUACAGGAUUUUCUAAAAGUAGAUAGAUCCUUGUGUCGUCAGGACACGUGAAGCUAUUUGACGUACCGAAAUCUCAUUUUAAAUUCUCGUGCCGCCGCAUCGUGACGAUAAUCUUAAAGUGAAAAAAGAAAAAUGGCGCUUGCUGAAAAAAGUAUUACAAAUUUUUUCACUCGACAUCUAGUCCCUGGUGAUCCCGCGGUCUAAAAAAGUACUUUUACACGCCCGCCCUGAUUACAUAAGCCGCCUGUAUGUGGUAUAGCUGCGGCAGUUGUUCCUCCAUCCGACUUGUAUACUUUAGGCCCCGCUCCCGAAAACAAAACACAUAUGUGAACUUGAAGUGCGUCUAGUGAGUAAUAAGUUAGGAGGAGCGAAUCCUUAUAUUGCCACUUUGGACUAGUAAAAACCUGUACCCAAAGUUAAAGUUUGCCUCCCCAUAAUAAUUAGUAUGUUUCGAGCAAAGUAUUUCGUCAGAAUCAUUUUAUUGCGAAAAAUGUCCAGGCGCCAGUUUGAUUGCAAAGUUCACGUGAAAGCUCCUUGAUGUGGAUACAUUUGGCAACAGCCCAUUCCAUCGAGGUAGAGAGAGAGAGCUAUUAUUA